UUUGACACAGACACCGGAAUGUGUGACUCUGAUGUGGAGAUUUUGAAUCCCGAACCAGAGGUCGAAGUUAGAAACCUAGGCGAUGACUUGCAAGAGUGGAGUACAAGACACCAAAUUACUAAUAGGUCCCUAAAUGAAUUAUUGCAGAUUCUAAGGGAUCAUGGACAUGUACUCCCCAAAGAUGCACGCACAUUACUAGCCACUCCUCAAGUCAUUGACAGCCAUUCAAAAUGCAAUGGACAGUAUAUAUACUAUGGCUUGGAGGGGGGCAUUUCCCGUGUACUGUGUCAAAAUGAUGCUUUCAGACGUCAACACAGUACGGUCAGUUUGGAUGUCAACAUUGAUGGACUACCAAUCUUUAAAAGUAGUAAAGUCCAGUUCUGGCCAAUACUUGUGACAUUUAGCAAUUUCAAUCCAUUUAUUGUGGCAUUAUAUUGCGGGGAACGCAAGCCUGAGCCCCUUGAUGAGUAUCUCCAUGACUUUUUGGAGGAGUUCAAUAAUCUCCAACAGAAUGGCCUGGUGUUUUGUGAGAAAAAGUAUGCCAUAAAUAUUCGUACCUUUAUCUGUGAUGCACCGGCAAGAGCAUAUUUAAAAUGCAUUAAAGGUCAUACUGCAUAUGACAGUUGUGAGAGGUGCCAAGUGAAAGGCCAGUAUGUCGAAAGAAGAGUUGUCUUUAAUCAGCUGACAUCCACCUUGCGCACAGAUGAAGCAUUUAGUCAGAUAGAGUAUUCCCGCCAUCAAAAUGGGUCUAGCCCUUUAAUAUCUGCCGGGAUACCCUGUGUCAGUGCCUUUGUUUUAGACUAUAUGCAUACGAUUUGCUUGGGUGUUGUUAGGCGGCUGUUGGUGUAUCUGACUAGAGGCCCAAAACUGUGUAGGCUCUCUGUGAGACAGAAAAUUGAAAUCUCACAAAAACUGAACGGGCUACAAGGCCAGAUGCCCAGCGAGUUUGCGCGACAGCCCCGUGGCCUUCAGGAGUUGGACAGGUGGAAAGCCACAGAGUUCUGUCAGUUUCUUCUUUACACGGGACCCAUAGUUCUCAAAAAUACUGUCUCCUCACAGCUGUAUGCUCAUUUUGUGACAUUGACCGUGGCAGUAUCCAUCAUGUUGGACUCAGAUGACAGGACAAGAGCUGCCUAUUUGGAUUUUUCUACUGAACUGAUGAGGCACUUUGUCUCUAGCUGCCCUGCACUCUAUGGAAAAACAUUUUCUGUGUACAAUGUGCAUGCCCUGUUACACAUCCAUGAAGAUGUCUCUCGUUUCAGGUGCUCUUUAAAUGACAUUUGUUGCUUUCCAUAUGAGAAUUAUUUGCAGCAGAUCAAAAGAUUGGUCAGGACUGGCCAAAAUCCAUUAGCGCAGGUGUCCAAACGCCUGGUCGAAAUCGAACAUGCCCAGGGAAAUUCCAGUGCAGGGCCAAAAGCUAAGCCCCAAAUGUACAUUUCAACAAAAAGGAGAGACAGCUGCUUCCUUCUGGACGAUGACAGGUUUGCUUUUGUUCAAGAGAGGAGGGGAGAUGGGACGGUUUUUGCGAUGUGAUAAAACAGAGACACACUGCCGCACUGUUUGACAAACCAUGUUCGUCAAAGCUCUUGAACAUUGCUUACAUAGGGAAUGGACAUAGAUUUCAAAGAAAAGAAGUCAAGGAAACAGACCUCGGACGAAAAGUAGCCUGUCUAUCUUUCAACAAUGGCUCUGUCAUGAUUCCUCUGCGGCAUGGCAUUGAACGUUCAUGUUGAAGAUUGGCAAGUCAUAAAAUGCAUUGAGUAUAUACUGGGUUAUGCUUUUCGUCAGAGCUGUGUGGAAUGAAAAUGGGAAGGAGAUGGAGGGGACCAUCCCUGAUGCCUGGGUGAACGUUGCUGAAAAAACCCUUCGAUGGCCAAAGACGAGGGCAAAAUAUUGUUUCGACAACCAUGUGGCUCCGAAGGAGGAUUGGGAAACUUUCCCAUUGGUGAAAGUGAAAUUUACCUCAGAAAGUCUCCGUGAGUGUGAAGAACAUGAUCACACCAGCCAUGCUGAACAAUUAGAAGAUGAAGAUGAAGACGGAGAGGUUGUAGUGCAAAAGAGAAAGAAAAAAACUAAAACUUUUGAAGAUUUUGUUGAAGGAUCAGACCUGUGUGAGGCGUCUGCUGAGGGGGAGGAUAAAGAGGAGUGGAAAGGAGAUGCCAGUCCUAUAAUUCCAGUCUUUCCCACCCCACCAAUCAAAAUUUCAAAAAAUGUGGGCCGUGACAGAUCAAAUAGUGGUUCACCCAGGUCUGCGGGCAGCGACAGGUCAACCAGAGGUUCACCCAGGUCUGCGGGCCGCGACAGGUCAACCAGUGGUUCACCCAGGUCUGCGGGCCGCGACAGGUCAACCAGUGGUUCACCCAGGUCUGCGGGCCGCGACAGGUCAACCAGUGGUUCACCCAGGUCUGCGGGCCGCGACAGGUCAACCAGUGGUUCACCCAGGUCUGCGGGCCGCGACAGGUCAACCAGUGGUUCACCCAGGUCUGUGGGCCGCGACAGGUCAACCAGUGGUUCGUCCAGGUCUAGGUCCGUGGGCCGGGACAGUUCAAGUGGUCGUGUACCCAGGUCCCAAGCCGUGGAGAGCAGGUCCUUAGAUGGUCUUUCGCAUGCAAGGCCCAUUUACAAUAGGGCUGUGCCAACCACAUUCCCCCUGUCAGAAGCGAAAUUCCAGAAAAUAGUGGUAACAAAGCUGGUGACUCUCACUGAUGAGGUCAAAAAACUCCAGAGGACCUUACCUAACUCUGGGAUUGAUAUAAGCAAGAUCGACACCUUGGAAGAGUUCGAGAGGGAGGAGGCUUCUCUUCUGGAGAAAAACAAAUUUGAAACCUUGGUUUGUCAGCUGGCAAGAGUCGGGGGGAAAGAUGUAAAGGACUGCACGCACAAAGUGAUGGACAGGCUCUUCACCAAUCAGCUGAUGACCUUUUUUAAUAUGAAGGGGAAGGGCAAAAAGGAUAAAAUUGGAAUUGAAGACAAGAAAUUGUUUUCAGCAAUAAAAGCUGCUGUCAUGAAAUGGGACCCAGCUGCUACAGAGGCCCAAAUAAAGUCUGCUGCAGCCGAUCAUUUGAAACAUGCUCCCGGGAGAGUCGGGGGUGGUGGCUACAAAUAAAUAUAUUGUGGACCUAAUAGCAGCCAUAUUUUGUUAAUUGUUUACUGUUUUAACAACAUUUUAUAGUACUUUAUUUAUAACUUUACUGUUCUGGCAGUAAUACAGUUUUAUUGUGUUAAUUUAUACUUUAAUGUUCUGGUUUUAAGUUUGGGUAAAAUUAGUAAUAAAAAUAUGUUUUGAGAUUUAAA